GUGUGGAUGUAGCGGUCUACGUACCCGGUGGAAUGAAAUGAGGGUUGUUCCUCUCACUUUUUCUCUCUUGUUUAGAUUAGAUCGAUUUCAGGGUUCAGUUUACUGUGCUUUCUUUCUUUCUUUCUUUCUUUUUUCCUUCUCCUAUAUGGAAUUGCGUUCACUCACUAUUCACUCUCUAAUGGUAAUCAACUGUACUAUACUAUAUUGUAAUGUAGGCAGGGAGUAAUAAUAAUAAUAGUAGUAGUAGUAGUAGUAGUAGUAGUAGUAGUAGUAGUAGUAGUCAUCUCUAUAUGAAUUUACACACAUGAAAGAUUUAUCUAGGUAUAUACAUAUACCCAGCCAGCACUAGCUAGG